UCAAUGGGCUUCCAUCUCCAAAUCCAAAUCCAAAUCCAACAUGGAAAACUCACACAGAAAAAGAAAAAUGCUAAAAAUUUAUUGACUUUAGUCACCACGAAAGGACUAUCGAUAAAGAACAAGAAAUGGCCAUGAGAUCCCUCACCUCAAAAACCAGAACCUUACACUCUCUCUUUCAGUCCCUCUGCACCUCCAAAUCCCACAGUCAUCGCCAUCCUCUCUCUACUCUCACUCCACUAAACCAAAUCCCACCAUUACCAGGCCUUGUGAACGAGAUAUCCCGCAUUCUCAGCGACCAAAGAAACCCCCACCAUGACUUGGAGACCUCUCUAAACGCAUUCUCUUCAGAAAUAUCCACAAACUUGGUAGAACAAGUCUUAAAACGUUGCAAGAAUCUUGGGUUCUCAGCCCACAGAUUCUUUCUUUGGGCUAAAAGAAUUCCGGGUUUUGAACAUAGCAAAGAGAGCUAUCACAUUUUGGUGAAUAUAUUAGGUACUAGCAGGCAGUUCGCAAUAUUAUGGGAUUUCUUGAUUGAAAUGAGAGAAUCUCAUGAUUUCGAGAUAAACCAAGAAAUUAUCUGGCUUGUUUUUAGAUCUUACAGCAGAGCUAAUUUGCCAAGUGAUGCUAUUCGUGCAUUUGAUAGAAUGGCUGAGUUUGGUCUAAGGCCCAGUGUUGAUGAUCUUGAUAAACUUUUAUAUGUAUUAUGCAAAUGCAAGCAUGUGAAAUGUGCCCAGCAGUUUUUUGAUAGAGUUAAGCAUAAGUUCGAGGCUAAAGCAAAAACUUACAGCAUUUUGGUGAGGGGGUGGGGUGACAUUGGGGAAGCAGUAGCAGCGCGUAAGGUGUUUGAUGAAAUGCUUGGCCGAGGAUGUGCCUUGGAUGUGCUUGCAUAUAAUAGCUUGUUAGAAGCUUUGUGCAAGGGAGGGAAUGUUGAUGAAGCGUAUAAGAUGUUUCGAGAAAUUGGUUCACAUGGAGUUGAGCCUGAUGCAUGUAGUUAUGCCAUAUUCAUUCGUGCAUAUUGCGAGGCAAACAAUAUUCAUUCUGUUUUCAGUGUGCUCGAUAGAAUGAAGAGAUAUGAUCUCGUACCAAAUGUCUUCACUUAUAAUUGUAUUAUCAAGAAACUUUGCAAGAAUGGAAAGGUGGAAGAUGCUUAUCAACUUUUGCAUGAGAUGAUGGAGAGGGGAGUUAGCCCAGAUGCAUGGAGUUACAAUACAAUCUUAGCUUACCAUUGUGAGCACUCAGAGGUUAAUAGGGCAACCAAGUUGAUAUCUAUAAUGGUUAAAGAUAAUUGCUUGCCUGAUCGGCAUAGUUACAACAUGUUGCUAAAAUUGCUUGUAAGAGUAGGAAGAUUUGAUAGAGCAACUGAAAUUUGGGAGAGCAUGGGCGAGAGGGGAUUUUAUCCUUCAGUCUCAACUUAUUCUGUCAUGAUUCAUGGUUUGUGCAAGAAGAAGGGAAAACUAGAGGAGGCAUGCAGAUACUUUGAGACAAUGAUUGAUGAAGGAAUACCGCCAUAUGCUUCUACCAUUGAGAUGUUGAGAAACCGGCUAAUAGGGUUUGGACUCCUGGAUCACAUUGAGAUACUUGCAGGUAAAAUGGAGCGAGGCACUUCUUGUUCUAUACAAGAGCUGGCAAAAGAAAUGAGGGGCAAUAAGGCUUGUGUGAGAUCUAGGAAUGAAGAAACGGAGCUUGAAAGUGAGUAAAACCUAGCUCCCUAAUCACUGAGUUCCGAGAUGUUAACUGGGCAAACUCACCAUGCUAUAAACUCUACAUCGAAUCUAGUGGGGGUGCAACUUAAACACUAAGAGUUAAACCUACACAACCGCGAUUUGUUGUCAUAAGAUAAAAAAGUGAAAUCUUACAUUGUCUUUGAUGUCAUAUCCUUUAUGCUUUUACAUAUUUUUGGAUUGGCUGUGGCCUAAUUGAAAUAAAAUUUCGGAGCUAUAAACUCGUUACUUGCA